AUGUUAAGUUCUAAUUGGGACAGCGAAUAUGAUUUUGUUGCUACUCAAUCAGACGAUACAUCUAAUAGUGAACAUAUAUCAGAAGAAUCUGAUUUAUCAAAUUCUGAUAUUGAACAAGAUCAUGUUGUUACAUUUAGUCAAUCAGAAACAUUACAAAAGGAUGGUAUCACAUGGUCUAUGUACCCAGAUAUCAGCCAAAGUCGUCCAUUAUAUCGUGCCACGGUGUAUCCCAUUAGAUAUAUAUUUGAGCUUUUUGUCAAACAACUUCCUAAACAUUUUGUACCUGGUGAAAACUUAACUGGUGACGAGUAA